GACCGCCGAGAGGAGCACCACAGCGCACCGUGCGCCGCCGCGGAGCUGAGAUGUGGUGACAGUGUGUGAGAGAAGUCAGAGCAGCAUUCCUCUCCAAUGCAGCCAGGAGGAUCUGGACUUUAAAAGCUUAUCUCAUAGCAGCAGCAGCUCUGGGUUCAGCUUUGUGGCUCUCUCUUUGGACUUUUUCAUCUUAUGCAAAUGAGACGCAGCGCGAAUCGCUUCUCUCUCUUCAGGAAUAUUGGAUCUGGAUACUCUGUUUACAGCCAGUUAACGCUUUGAGGUAAAGAGAGAGUCUGAUGAACCUGGCGAGUGCAGCAGUGUCGGCGGCUGGCCUACAGGGCGGGGCGCGCCAGCGGGACUUGAUGAUGGAGCAGAAAGUCAGUAAGCUGACGUCAGGCUUCCAGCGCAGUUCCACCUCUGAUGAUGACUCAGGAUGUGCUCUGGAGGAGUAUGCCUGGGUACCACCUGGUCUUAGGCCUGAACAGGUCCAGCUAUAUUUCUCCUGUCUACCUGAGGAUAAGAUCCCCUAUGUGAACAGUCCAGGAGAGAAGUUCAGAAUCAAGCAGCUCCUCUACCAACUUCCACCACAUGAUAAUGAGGUGCGUUACUGCCAGUCCCUCAGUGAGGAGGAGAAAAAGGAGCUGCUGAUGUUCAGUGUCCAGAGGAAGAAGGAGGCUCUAGGGAGAGGCACAGUAAAGCUGCUGCCACGCAACUUUCAGAACACCAUUUGUGAGCAUUGUGGUGAAAAAAUCAGUGGUGGAGAAAUGGCAAUCUCGGCCUCGAGAGCAGGCCCUGGACUGUCCUGGCACCCAGCAUGCUUUGCCUGCUCCACAUGCAGCGAACUGCUCGUGGAUUUGAUCUACUUCUACCACGAUGGAAAGAUCCACUGUGGAAGGCACCAUGCUGAGCUACUCAAACCACGCUGCUCAGCCUGUGACGAGAUUAUUUUUGCUGAUGAGUGCACGGAGGCAGAGGGGCGCCAUUGGCAUAUGAAGCACUUCUCCUGUUUUGAAUGUGAGACAAUUCUUGGGGGACAGCGCUACAUCAUGAAGGACGGCAGACCAUACUGUUGUGGUUGCUUUGAGUCCCUCUAUGCAGAGUACUGUGAAGCCUGUGGAGAACAUAUUGGCGUUGAUCAUGCACAGAUGACCUAUGAUGGACUCCACUGGCAUGCAACUGAGAGCUGCUUCAGCUGUGUCCAGUGUAAAAGCUCACUAUUGGGCUGCCCCUUCUUGCCGCACCAAGGCCGCAUUUAUUGCUCCAAGGCCUGCAGCAUCGGGGAAGAUGUGCACGCCUCAGACUCCUCCGACUCUGCCUUCCAGUCAGCACGAUCACGUGAAUCACGCCGCAGUGUACGCAUGGGCAAGAGCAGUCGUUCAGCGGACCAAUGCAGGCAGUCGCUCCUCUUCUCACCUUCUGUCAACUACAAGUUCCCCGGCUUCAGUGGAAACACUGAUGACACCCUGACCAACAAGCUCGGCCACAUGAACUUAUCUGAUGAGCAUUUCUGGAGGGGACGUGGUGAAGAGAACGAGGCGCCUGAGGAUCAGGAGGAGGAGUGGGCUGAGCAUGAAGACUACAUGACUCAGCUGCUAUUAAAAUUUGGGGAGCAUGGGGUCUUCCAGCAAGCUAAGGAUUCCAGACCCACUGAUUUCUGGAUUGCUGAAAAGGAGGCCAAGCUAAAGCAGGAGUCUUCAACACCUGGUAUUGGUGGUGGAGGAGUAAGGGGGAGCCUGGCGAGUAAGAAGUACCAGGCUGACAUGUACUGGGCCCAGUCACAGGAUGGACUUGGGGAUUCGGCCUACGGUAGUCAUCCAGGCCCAGCUAGCAGCAGAAAGAUUCAGGAGUUGGAGAUGGAUCAUGGGGCAGAGGGGGGCUUUCAAGGAGAGGAGCCACAAUGGUAUAAUGACUCUUUGGAGUGUAUCACAGAUGAGUUCAAGAAAACAGAUCAGAGUGUCCGGGACUCUAUGGACUCAUUGGCACUCUCCAAUAUUACUGGGGCCUCUGUAGAUUGUGAUAGUAAAGACAGACCGUUGGUAUAUUCCCUGCAAGGAUUCCAUGAGCCAGAGAUAGAAGACUGUGAGAAAACCAGUAAUAUGGGAACCCUCAACUCCUCCAUGUUACACAGAAGUGCCAAUUCCCUGAAGAGCCUUGUGUCAGAGCAGGAGGAAGGGUUUGAGGAAAACGUUCCAGAGGAAGAGGAGGUGCCUCUGCCGGUGGACCGUGCCAAACCUCACGUACCCGCAAUCAGGAGGACACGUUCACAAUCUAGGCCCCAGCAGGUCAAAUUUUCUGAUGACGUGAUAGACAAUGGGCAUUACUGUGAUAUCCCGGUGCGCCAGCCCCCUAUGAGUGAAAGAACACGUCGCAGAGUCUACCACUUUGAGGAGCAGGGCCAGGAUCUUCACUCUGGUCGCCAUCAUCACCACCAUCGGAGGCAUCGCAGUCGCAAGACUCGUUCUGACAAUGCUCUUAACCUACUGCCCAAGGAGAGGGUCAAUAUGUGCUACAAAGUGGACCAUAGAGGGAACGCCCUUGGGCCCAAGGGGCACCAAGCCUUUCAUGGCCACCCUAAUCCUGCUGCCAUGUCAGACUACAGGCUGCAGGGACCAGCAAUGGGGAGGUUCUUGGGGCUGUAUGGGGAGGAUGAUGAUUGGUGCUCCACGUGCUCUUCUUCCUCCUCUGACUCUGAGGAAGAAGGCUUUUUCCUGGGUCAGCCCAUCCCUCAGCCGAGGCCCCAAAGACACUACUAUUCCAAUGACUUGCCCAGCCCUGUGGCAGGCAUGUCCUCACCUUCUUAUGGCUUGCGGACUAAGUCCAAAAAGAAAAAAGGACACAAGGGGAAAAACUGCAUAAUUUCAUAACAGUUUGUGGCUUCUUAUCUUCUGUUUUGUAUUGCUCUGCUACUUACAUUUGCUUCUUGUGUCAGCUGUUAAAAUGCAGUAACAGUUUGCUUUCCAUUAAAUGCUUCUGCACUCAACUUACAAAAUGUUGAUGCUAGACACAGGUUCUUAUUUUGAAACUAUAAUAGGUGUACUUUUAGCAUUACUGUUUGCCAGUAAAAUGACAGAGUAUUUUAGAGUAAUACAUAUUUAAAACAGCUGUCUAAACUGUGUUUAUUUAACAGUGAAUAUAUAAGUGUAUAUAUUGUAGAAUUAAAAAAAACAAACUAAAUGGCUAUUUUUAUACCCCCACAUUCAUGAUAUGCUUCGUGCAACAAAAGCAUUAGCAUAUAAUUUUUGGAAGUUGGUACAGAGCCAUAUUUUCAAGACAGUGUCAAAAAUUAAUUGACAGACCAACUAUGGCCCAAGUUUUUUAAUGUGUUGCCUUCCUAGCUAAGGCAGCAUGACCAUGAGAGAAACACUGUGUAUUAAAAUGCUUGGUUGAGUGGUGUAUUUAUGGGUCACUGUAUUGUAAGCAUCAUUGUAAUCUGUAUAAAUGUAAAAACUGGAAUAUAAGGCUAAAUAGAUG